AUGGAUGUGGAGCUAGUUACCAUCAGUACGGUAAGCAUGAUCUUUCGUAUUGCUUGCGUUACACUUUUCGUGCAAUUUUGUCUUGCAGCACCGAGCAGAAGCGGUUAUGAAGAUUCACGGGAAAACUCUGUUGAUGCUGUAGAUCAGCUGCAUCCAUUCGAUCUACUCAUUUUCACUCAACGAUGGCCGAUCACCGCUUGUUACGAAUGGCGUGAAACGGGCAAAGGCCAUAUCUGUGGUCUUCCGACACCUGCCACCGUUUGGACAAUUCAUGGCAUCUGGCCGACGAAGUAUAAUACAAUAGGACCCGCAUUCUGUAACAAGUCGGCCAUUUUCGAUUUAUCCCAGCUUACAUCGAUCGAGCAGCAGCUGAAAGAACACUGGCUGAAUGUGGAGAAAAACAAGCCGGACGAUUCACUUUGGGAACACGAAUGGUUAAAGCACGGUACCUGUGCCGCCGAGGCAAUCGAGCAGCUGAGCACGGAAAAUAAAUACUUUAACCAGGGUCUUACCUGGUUGGAGCAACAUUCCGUCAAUGCAGCUUUCGCUGCGAGUGGAGACAUCCAGCCCGGUUACAAUUACAGCCUAACGACGCUUAACAAGGCUCUGUUUGAUUAUUAUGGGAAGAAUGUAGCGAUCGAAUGUUUCUAUGAUCACAAAACGCAUCAGCAGCUGCUGAACGAGAUACGCAUCUGCUUCGACAAGCAGCUUCAAUCGGUUGAUUGUGAUGGCAUUGUGGGCAUGGAACGUAUGGCAAUACCGAAUGCUCGCGUUGGCACGGUGAUAAGUAACUGUAAUGUUGCAAACCCCAUCUUUUAUCCGAAUGCUGCACCAAAAGAUAUGAAACAGAAGGUGAUGGAUCCAGAAGCGACGUACGAAACAAUUUUGGAAGCUACCGGCGAUGAACAAGAUAUUGGUGAACUGCAAACGUACGAAGUAGUUGAGGUUAUUUUAGUUAAGCAUUAA